AUGUCGAGCCUCGCAUCCUUGAAAUGCACCAACACCAACUGCAGCUUCGAGACGGCGGAUCCAGCCGCGCUCGCAACGCAUCUAACGCAGUCAAGCACCAAUGGCGAUCGCUGGGUAUGCCAGGGCAAAACCUGCACGGCGAUGUUCUGCGGUACCGCAGCAAUGGAUGGCGAUGGUGGCCAUCAUUACACCUGUCAGUCAUUCCUGGACUUCCGCACGGCGCGCAAGUAUGGGUUUUUCCUCACCAGAGGCAAGACACUGGAGUUGAUGAGUCGACGCACUGCUGCCCAAAUGAAUGGGACAGUACCACUCGGCCCACAACCAGGAUUCUCGAAGCCAACUGCAAAGUCUGCGAGAAAGAGGAAGAUCGUCAAGAAGRGCGUUGAGCCGAAGAAGAAGACUGCUGAACCGCGCAAGAGACAAGCGACCGACCGGCUAGACGGAGCUUCCAAGCGUCGCAAGGAUGAAGACAAGGAGCAGGCUCAGGCUGGACCCAGAGACGGCAACAAUAACGAAGAUGAUACACGCGAUGAACUUGUGAACCCACUGACCGGGAUCACAAAGGUCGGACAAACCAAGACCAAUCAUCGCUUCAGCACCACCACGAUCGAUGAAGCAUACACCGCGCCAGCAUGUUACGGUUGUACACACUGCAGCGUCGAAUUCCCAACAUACGAAGCCGCAGAAGUACACACAGUGUACUCCAACGAUGUCAAGCUACGCCGAGAGUGCCUUGGCUGUAAGCAGGGCUUCUGUUUCGACAAGGCGGAGUUCUUGAUGCACAUUGAUGUGUGCGCGGCCAUGAAAGACUGGAUGCAGAACAACAAUAUUGCUUGGAAUCGCAUUCACGACAGGGACAUCAUGGACCAGGCGGACAAGACAGAGGAACGCCGCACCUGGCCUGCUCGAAACGACACACGAUACAUCAAGAAGAGUGAGCGCGCAGCUAAUCAGAACGCUGCCGCUCCAAACUUCAUGACUAUCGGCGCGAGGGUGACCGCCAAGAAGGUCUCCUCCAACCAGUCGUCCGCAUUGCAUCAGUUGGCUCAUCCGGCUACUCAAGUCACCAGCACGAACGAGGAGCGCACCUACAAUGGUGUCGCUGAGGGCGAGGAUCUGGUGGAGCAAGAUCGCCGCCAUGUUGGCCUUGUACGUCACUCCGCAACACGCAACCCAGUUCCCGCCACCCCACUGCCAGCGAAUGUGGGCCAAGACGACUGCAACAAAGCCAGCAGUAUCGAAGCUGGAGGAGAGAAUGAGAGCGUCAGCAAGGAACAGAACUGGGCCAUGGCGCAGAACCGCAACCUGGGAGGCAAGGCUAGGUUGGACGCACUGUGGAAAGUGCUUCCGCAUUAG